GAUACAUUAUUCUGAGACUAAACUGACCCUGCUGAAGAGAGGUUACAUCGAGUUGACCAGUGGAUUUUCAGGUGAAAGUCCUCCGUCAUGCUGCUGCUCUGCCUUGCUGUCCUCUGCCUUGGUGCUAGCUCUCCCUGUGCUGCUGCACCACACCAAGGCUCCACCAACCCCACCAGAAACAAGCUGCUGCUCAUCUCCUUCGACGGCUUCCGCUGGGACUAUGACAGGGAUGUUGAAACCCCUAACUUGGAUAAGAUGGCCCAGGAUGGGGCGAAGGCACUCUAUGCUACUCCACCCUUUGUGACCAUUACCAGCCCUUCUCACUUCACAAUGCUGACAGGGCGUUCCGUUGAGAACCACGGAGUAAUCCACAACAUCUGGUUCAACACUACCACUCAGCAGAAGAAACAGUACUAUGAGGCUCAGUUUGUUGAUUCCUAUUGGGACAACGGCAGUUUACCCAUCUGGAUAACAGCACAGAGACAGGGUCUAAAAGCAGGUUCUCUGCAUUUCCCUGGAACAGCAGCCACCUACAGAGGGGAGUCUGUGGGGGUUAGUCAAGUGGAACCUUUUCUCUAUGAUCAUUCAAAUGAGACCGAUUGGAGGCUGAACAUUGACAAGGUGAUUGGAGAAUGGUUCCACCAACAGGAUCUGGACUUUGUCUCCUUGUACUUUGGAGAACCAGAUUUGAUUGGGCACGAAUUUGGACCAGAUUCCCCAGAACGCCUUGAGAUGAUCCAGCAAGUAGACCGUACAGUGGGCUACAUCCGGGACAAGGUCCAAGAACAUGGCCUUACUGACCGGCUCAAUAUUAUCAUCACUGCCGACCACGGGAUGACAACAAUUCUACGGGAUGGACAAGUUAAUAAGAUUAUCCUCUCUAAAAUCCCUGGCUUCAGUUUCAAGGAUAUCCAGUUCCAACUGUUGGAUUAUGGUCCUCUUGGGAUGCUGCUUCCUAAAGAGGGGAUGCUGGAGAAGGUCUACAAGGCUCUGAAAGGAAGUCACCCUCACCUUCAUGUGUAUAAAAAGGAGGAGAUGCCAGCUAGACUGCACUACGGUAACCAUCCUCGACUUCUGCCGAUCAUUCUCAUCGCUGACCCUGGAUAUGUUGUCAAUGGGUUUUUACCUCUGCACGACGUCAAAGGAGACCACGGCUUUGAUAAUGAAGCUAUGGAAAUGAAAGCCUUGUUCAGGGUGGUGGGGCCUGACUUUCAGAAAAACAGGGUGGUAGAUCCCAUCGACCUGGUUGACGUGUACGCUCUGAUGUGCCAUCUACUGGGGGUAAACCCGGAGAUCAAUGAUGGACACCUGGACAAUACCAAACACAUGCUGAUUAACACAGGAGGAGACAACAAUUCAGAGAAGAAUAACCAAAUGGAGGUGCUGAUUGGCUUCUCAGCAGUGAUUGGAUUUCUUGUGCUUGUGUUCAUCAUAACUUUAUCCUGCAACAUGUGUAAAAGGAACCAAGGAUAAAUAAUUAUCUUUUGUUUCUUUAAUUUCCAAAAAAGAAAAUGGAGAAAAUUAAGUUGAAAAAAUGGUUUUAGCAUUUUAUUCUUAUACAGAUUGCGCUUGCAAAUGGUGAUAGAAACGGUCUUUAUUCAUUGGUUUAUGUAUGAGAGGAUGGAUGAUUCAGGGGUUUCAUUGUUGCUUCAUAACAAAAACAUAAUUGUGUGAUAAUGUUUUUGGUAAAAAAAUCUGGUAAAACUCAAACCAGAUGAUCAUUUUUUAUUCGUGAUUGCUUAAACUCCAAAUAAGUGUCAAAAAAACAUUCUGCAUAUUCUAAGAUGUCCAGGGGGUCCAGCACUUUAAAUAAACAUAGCAUUCCUGUAAAAAAAAAAAGCAACUCAUGCAGUCAGUCAGUAUCUUUUGUAAUAUAUUUCUUGAGCUUCAUUUUUAAGAUACAAAUGUUGUGUGCGAAGGUUCUAAAAUCUUAAAAACUUGCCAAAAGAGAGAAAUAGGUGUACUUCACCACAAAUUCAAUAUGCAAUCAAUAAUAGUAGUAGUAUUUUUGCAAUCGCUCUUCAGUAUGCAAUGUAUGACUACCAUAAACAUUUC